UCAACCAAAAACAAAAACCAAAAGCGUAGAGCAUUCCUGGAUCGACAUUAAAAUGUACACUUAGAUGUAUUAUUCAUUAUGCAUUUCUUUAUAGAAUAGACACGGAUGGGCGGAGAAAAUAGACAAUGCAUUGGACAAUUUAGUAUUAGACAGAAAAUGUCAGUUAGAUUAAGAUAAGAUUUCCACAUUGUCGUUUUACUAAUUGAUUAAUCGCAGUGCACUGCAUUCACUAAGUAGCUUGGCUAGUCUUGUUCAAAAUGUCCUCGGGAAAGCACUUGGUCUACGCGUGGAUUACAUAUCUCUUCGCAUUUUGUGGAAUCGCUGGAUUCUACUUUGAUAUUCGCACGGGCAAAUUGAUAAAGUCACGUGUACUGUGCAUUUAUAGUAGACUACUCAGUUUAUUUAUUUUGAGCACUUUCCCAACGAUGAUUAAUAUAUAUUGGAUUAAAGCCCCUACGUUUCUUACUCAAUCCAAGCUUACAGUCGUCUUAAUAAUUGCUUAUCCUACUAGCUCCUUGAUUACGGUAUUAAGCUGUAUUUUCUGUGUAAAUCGGUGGCAGCACAGGAUAUUCAAGUUGAUGGAGGAUCUGCUGAAAAUGGAGGAGUUUGCCAUCGAACCCAACUAUUCCAUCACACCAUCUCAGCAGCCAUAUCUAAGACGGCUUUUCUGGAUCAGAUUUUUGCUACUUAUGGGGGAAGAUGUCGUAUUUAUUCUACGGAUGCUUCUCGGUCAGAGUGGAUUUUUCUUUUAUUAUAGCGUUCUUGUAGCUAGAGUUAUGAAAGGAGGACUGUAUUUCCUGCUAUUUAAUCUCAUCUGGCAAAUAAGUUAUACAUUCAUGAAACUUCAGACUUACCUAGAAAAUUUACUUUUUCAACCUAUGCCAAUGUCAAGGAAGCAAACCAAACUACUGGAGUUACAUCGGAUGUACUGUAGGCUAGUCCAUAUGAUAAACGAGUUGUGCAUAAUCUUCAAAUAUCCGCUGGCUUGUUGUUUGCUCAAAUUAACUUGCAAUUCCUGUUUGAGUGGAUAUACACUUUUUCGACUGCUGUUUGGAAAGCCCAUGAAAUCGUUCGCCCCUAAAACUGAUUGGCUUAUAUUAACUUUAAGCGUCAGCGAUGCAUUGGAACUCUACAUCCUGGCUAGCAUAGCCAACACGGCUGGUGAUCUUCAUGAUAGUACUUUUCACAUUUUACGCUAUCCUUACUUUGAUUUGGAUCUGUUGGAACGCAGUAAUGACUGGCUGGCUCUGCAGCUAAUAUGGCAAAAUAAGAACAUCCACAUCUUUGGUGUACUUAACAUUAAUCUUCGCCUCGUUUUUAUAUUUAUAACUAGCAUGGUACUUCAUAUUAUAUAUAUGAUACAGAGCGACUACGACUAUUUGUCAAUAUGAAUUUCAUUUGAAAACUACUAACAUUAUAAUUUUUGUGCUUAUGAUCCUGCAGAAAAGUUUAUAUAAUAAACUAGCUGGUAUUUCCCGGCGUUGCACGGUUAAAGUUUUUGUCUUCAAAUUUGUUCAGUUAGAUGUCAAUGUUAGUUAUAACAGCCAACAUCAAGCAGGCAUAAUCACUUGAGGUGAGAAGGUGUUUUGCAUAGCUAAAGAUCCACCUGGUUCUAUAAACAGUAGACUUAGCUACCGACUCUAGGUAUGCAAGUCCUUGGCCCCAGUUCAAAGCUAUAGCACAUUGAGAAUUAUAGGCAACGUAGAUAUUUGCCAUACCAUUAAAGUACGACCAUCGGAUUAAACUAUUCGUGAAAUUAUGAAAUUUUUAAGUUGCGGAUUGAUAUGUAAAUCGGGGCUAAGUCCUUAGACCGUUAAACGUCGCGUCGAUGUCAACAAUCAACAAUUACGAACAAUUGUAGUCAACCUACUUAGUGAAUGUUCUGUGCUGAUUUAGAAAGAUUAGCAGAGCUGUCAGUUUCUAUUUAUUUACUUAAUUCUUUUAAAUGUCCCUUGCUAAUGGACUUGAUGCACUUCAUUGAAUUCUUUAGUCGUGGUUAAAAUGUCCUCGAGAAAACACGUCGUCUACGCAUGGAUGACAUAUAUCUUAGCAUUUUGUGGAAUUGCUGGAUUCUACUUUGAUAUCCAUACUGGCAGAGUGAUAAAAUCGCGUAUAUUGUCCUACUACGGCCGUUUUUUUAGUCUGCUUAUUUUGAUCAUUACACCCAAGACGAUAAAUACAUAUGCGAUUAACACGCCGUUCAAUCGAACUGAAUACAAGCCUAUUAGUCUGUUGAUUGACACAUAUCCCUUCGUUAUAUUGGCUUCGACAGUAAGUUGUACGUUCUGUGUGCAACGGUGGCAGCACAGGAUCAUCAAGUUGAUUGAGGAUCUGCUGAGAAUGGAGGAGCUUAGCAUCGAACCUAACUAUUCCGUCACACCAUCUCAGCAGCCAUAUCUGCGACGGCUUUUCUGGAUCAAAAUAUUUCUAGUAAUACAACGAUUAGUAAUAUUAUUCAUACUUAUAUUCAUCCAAGGCAAAGACAUAAUAUUUAUUUUAACCGCUUCACUCUCACGAAUCAUGAGAAGUGGCUUUUAUUUACUAAUCUUUAAUUUUAUUUGGGAAAUUUGCCUGACCUUCUUAAAACUGCAGAUUUACCUCGAGCAAUUACUUUUUGAUAUAAUGCCAAUGAGAAAGAAAAUACAGAAAGUACUCGAAUGUCAGCGAAUGUAUUACAGACUAAUUCGGAUGAUUAAUGAACUAUGUACAAUUUUUAAGUAUCCUCUAUUUUUGUACCUGAUCUAUCUUGUUCACUAUUAUGCACUGAGUGGAUACACAUUAAUUCAAAUGCUGUUUGGAAAAAAGUUAAGUGCACCGUCCCGUAACAUGAAUCUUAUUUUUAUAUAUACAACCAUUAUUGAGGCAGCGGAAUUCUACAUCUUGGUCAGUAUUGCUCAUAUGGCCAAUACCCUUCAUGAGCAUACUUUUUACGUUUUACGCUAUCCUUACCCUGAUUUGGAUCUCUUGGAGAGAAGUAAUGAUUGGUUUGCCCUCCAGCUAACCUGGCAAAAUAAGAACGUGCACAUUUUUGGCAUAUUUAUCGUAAGCCGUCAAUUAGUCUUUCUUGUUUUUACUAGCAUCGUACUGCAUAUUAUAUACAUGGUACAAAGCGACUACAAUAUAUUGCGAAUAUAAUAUUAACUUAGAUUUCAUUUCUUGUAGAAAAACAAAUAAGAUAUUCUUUAAAGGAAAUUGUAUCUGUUAAUGAGAGUUUUAGUGUUUCAGUUAUUUUGGAAAACAAUGGUAAUCUACAUGUUAUAUGGUGUUUCAGCUAUCCUAGAAAACUAUUUCUUUAAUGAAAAUUCUAUCUACAAUUUGCAUGGUUUCCAGAACCAGCCAGAUCCCUCAGAGUAUUGGCCAAAGCAUCGUCUACUGCAAAAGGGAGUUUAUAAAAAAGCCAGAGAAGUGGAAUGGACUAUCCACAAAGAAGAAUGACCUCGAAUGGUGUCUAGACGUGGGUCUUUAUGUAAGUCCCCUGAAGGCGAUUAUUGUUCCCUUCUCAAAAAAGGAACAAGGUCCGAUAUUGGAACGAUAUAUAGGCAGGAUAUUAAACUUGGGUUAUAGAAGACGAUGGUCAGAUCGGAGAAUGACUAGUUAGCACUGUUGCUAACAUGCAAGAUACGAAAGUAAAUAUUUAAAGUAUUUACUAUCAAUCAUUUAUUAUUUAGAAAAAGGUAGUUGUAACAUGGUCACAAGU